CACCGGGAAGCGUCGCUCCUUCUCGCUGACCUUGGUCUCGCUUGUUGCCUCGCCCUUGGCCACAGGCACUGACGGACGCAGGGCCGGGAGAAGGACAUAUAGGCCCCCGGGCGGACAGGACCUAGGACAUAGGCACACAAACUGCCCCAGCUUCUCCCGCCGGCUCCAGGGCGCCCCGUCCUCGCCUACCUCGACGCCGGGGCCAUCCAGCCCAGGGUUAAUGCCAACGAGUUUCCACCUCCAGCCGCUCCUAGAGAGGCCGCGGCGCUAGCCAGCGGGGGAAACUGGCCGCGGACGGACACUUCCUGUGCAGAGGGGAGGGGGACGGCCAGCCGCAGCCCACCCCGGGGCUGGGAGGCCAGACGUCGGGGUCUCGGGCGGGGAGCGGUAUCCGGGGGCGGCAAGGCGAGUCGUGAAGCCCCUCAUUUCCGAGGCCACGACGUGUGGGGGCCUGCGAGGACCCCAGGGCAAGCCGAGACCUUGUGGGUGGGGGCGGGGCCGCGGGUAGGGGAGGGGCCCGGCGGGCCGGAGAGGCCCAGGGUCAAGACGUCCGGCCUCAGGGGCCGGGGCUGGACAGCCGGGUCCCCUGGGUGGCGCUGAGCGGGCGGGCGGCGAGGGCCCGGGUCUCGGGGCACUCAGACCGGGUCGCAGGAUCGUCCGCCAUCGCCGCUGCCGCCGCACUGGGAGCCGGCGGGGAUGGAACGGGAGGCGUCGCCGUGGGGCCUCGAGCCCCGGGAUGUGCAAAGUCCUGACGAAAUGGGGAGCCCCGAAGGGUCCCUCAAAGGCAACAUGAGUGAGAAUGAGGAAGAGGAAAUUUCUCAGCAAGAAGGCACUGGGGACUAUGAGGUGGAAGAGAUACCUUUUGGGCUUGAACCCCAGAGCCCUGGGUUUGGGCCACAAAGCCCAGAGUUUGAACCCCAAAGCCCCAGGUUUGAGCCUGAGAGUCCAGGUUUUGAGUCCCGAAGCCCUGGUUUUGUGCCCCCAAGCCCUGAGUUUGCACCCAGAAGCCCUGAAUCAGAUUCUCAGAGCCCUGAGUUUGAACCCCAAAGCCCUAGGUAUGAGCCCCAAAGCCCUGGGUAUGAACCCAAGAGCCCUGGAUAUGAACCCCGGAGCCCUGGGUAUGAACCCCGGAGCCCUGGAUAUGAAUCUCAGAGCUCCAGGUAUGAAUCCCAGAGCCCGGGGUAUGAACCGCAGAACCCUGGAUUUGAACCCCAGAAUCCUGAGUUCAAAACCCAGAGCCCUGAAUUUGAAGCUCAAAGUUCCAAAUUCCAGGAAGGUGCAGAGAUUCUUCUGAAUCCUGAGGAAAAGAAUCCCUUGAGCAUCCCCUUGGGAGUCCACCCCUUGGACUCUUUCACCCAGGGGUUUGGGGAGCAGCCCACUGGGGGCCUGCCCCUAGGGCCCCCUUUUGAGAUGCCCACAGGGGCCCUGCUGGCUACACCCCAGUUUGAGAUGCUCCAGAAUCCCCUGGGCCUGACGGGGACCCUUCGUGGUCCAGGCCGACGGGGUGGCCGGGCCAGGGGUGGGCAGGGCCCGAGGCCUAACAUCUGCGGCAUCUGUGGGAAGAGUUUUGGGCGGGGCUCCACCCUGAUCCAGCACCAGCGCAUCCACACAGGUGAAAAACCCUAUAAAUGUGAGGUCUGUAGCAAGGCCUUCUCCCAGAGCUCUGACCUCAUCAAACACCAGCGCACGCACACGGGCGAGCGGCCCUACAAGUGUCCCCGUUGCGGCAAGGCCUUCGCUGACAGCUCUUACCUGCUUCGCCACCAGCGCACGCACUCUGGUCAGAAGCCCUACAAGUGCCCGCACUGCGGCAAGGCCUUCGGCGACAGCUCCUACCUCCUGCGGCACCAGCGCACCCACAGCCAUGAGCGGCCCUACAGCUGCCCCGAGUGUGGCAAGUGCUACAGCCAGAACUCAUCCCUGCGUAGUCACCAGAGGGUGCACACCGGGCAGAGGCCCUUCAGCUGUGGCAUCUGUGGCAAGAGCUUCUCCCAGCGCUCGGCACUUAUCCCCCACGCCCGCAGCCAUGCCCGCGAGAAGCCCUUCAAGUGCCCUGAGUGCGGCAAGCGCUUCGGCCAGAGCUCGGUGCUGGCCAUCCACGCCCGUACCCACCUGCCGGGUCGCACCUACAGCUGCCCCGACUGCGGCAAGACCUUCAAUCGCUCCUCCACGCUGAUUCAGCACCAGCGCUCCCACACGGGCGAGCGGCCCUACAGGUGUGCCGUGUGUGGCAAGGGCUUCUGCCGCUCCUCCACGCUGCUGCAGCAUCACCGGGUCCACAGCGGGGAGCGGCCCUACAAGUGCGAUGACUGUGGAAAGGCCUUCUCUCAGAGCUCCGACCUCAUCCGCCACCAGCGGACCCAUGCAGCCGGCCGGCGCUGACCUGGGACCCCGUCGGGGUGGGGAGGUGGUGGGCAGAAGAGAAGGGGACUGGGAGCUAGAGCAACCAUGAGAGAGAAUAGGGGAAACGCUGGAGGAGGGAGGAGUCGAGGGUUCUAGGAGGAGAGGGGGCCUGGAUGGAGGAAGCGACAUGACACGGAGACUUAUGGGAAAUGGGCUAUGAAGAGGGGUUGGAGGGAGGCCAAGCUGGCAGCCGGAGGCUCUGGGAGAGAUCCAGAAAGAGGUCAGCAGAGAGCUGGCCUCAGCAGCAGCAUGCCCCUUGGUGGAAGCCUGGCUUGGCAAAGUGCUAGGUGGGGGUGGGGGGAGGGGGGGUUGGGUUACUUAAUUAGAGUGGGUAGCUUAGAUUGGUAGCUACUGAGACCCUCGUUGAGUCAGGAAGGGGUAAGGGUAGGCGGGGCGGGGAGUGGGGCCCCGAAGCUUGGCCUGGCUUCUGAGUGCAAACCCCAGCCUCCCUUGUCUUCCUCAGGCUUUGGAGCCCCCGAAUUUGAGUUCAAUAAAAACCUUUAUGUGGUAAAA